AUGAAUGCUAAGUUAACCCUUCUAAGGUACGCCACGUCUCCCGUCCAAAGCACUCAUCGCCAGCUCGCUAUACUGGGCGGCUAUCCAGCGUUUCCUCCUGGAAGUUCUGUGCCGCUGAUUCAGGUUCAGGGCUACCGUCCCAAGGGUGACUCCAGCGCCGUCGACGCGGUGCUCGCCAAUGAGGCCAACGAGGACUCCAAGAGCCGUCCUAGCCAGCAGCGCUUUGUCUCCAAGAUACUUCCUGGGGUUGGAGAACCCGGUGCGAGCUACCGGGUCACUCUGCAAAGCCGCAUCGGGGAGUUCCUGAAGCUUGAUACGGCUAAUACAUCCGUCAUUUGCGUCACCAGCGGUACGAAUGCGAUCCGAGCUGUUCUCAAGGGUGUCCACGCUAAAGGCGAUUCUGAAGACUGCAAGGAGGUCAUUGUGCCCGCGACAACUGCUGGGGCGACUAUCGAAGCCGUCAUCGAAGAGGGUUUUGAGCCUGUCUUUGUGGAUGUUGACCCGGCCUCAUGGCACCUGUCGUACGAGGGUACCAAGCGUGCCAUCUCGAACAAGACCGCAGCCAUCAUCACGGUUGAUUGGCUGGGAACUCAAUGCGCCCUCGGCCCGUUCCGCAAGCUGGCUGACAAGCACGGCAUCCCGCUGAUCUCUGACAGCGCCCAGAGCUUUGGUGCCACCAACGGCCAACCGCCUUCAAUCGGCCUCGCCCAUGCCACCAUUUAUAGCUUAGACCCUACCGGCAUCCUGCGUCGCGAGGCGUUGGCCGAACCCAACGCUUUUGUGUGUCUUCGAGCCUUGGAGUCACUUAUCGAUGCUCUUGAAAAGCGCGGAGCGGCUGGAAAGCUGUACCGUCGGCUUCUCGGUGCCUUUGGACUCAAUGCAAAGGUCCUCUGCAAUACUCCCAAGGCCGAGAACGUCCAUUGCAGCACAGAGAGGAUGCCGUGCGUCGGCGCCAUUGAUAAGCUUGCAUCGCGAGGCAGAGUCGGAGGAGACCUCAAGCAUAGCCGACUGCUGGCCACAACUUCAGUGACGCUUCCCAUCUCCAACAUGAUGACUCUUGAAACUGUCGAGACAAUCUGUGGCUUGAUCAAGCUCAUCCAGCACAAGGCAGGAGACAUCCUUGAGGCAAACAAGGGCGAGGUAGCUCCAGCCGCCCCGAGAGGAUCUGCGGACGUCAUGGACCUCGAGUCGAAAUAUCGCCUGCACUUGGUGAUACCCAUCCUUGACAGUGCAAACAGCAUGUAUUCCAAGGUAUUCGUUCCGCGCGAUCACAUGCUUGAGCACAAGAUAUCCAUCGACGAGUUCCUCGCACGUUUCCGGUCGCAAAGACAAUGGAAGCUGAACGAGCGUGUCCUCGCGGAGCUUCGAGUCGACACCAUCAUCGGCACGACCGUCAUUCUUGCCCCGCACGGCGCCGGCCGCAACUCGGCGAGUCCCGUGGCCUUGGAUGGGGGCGGGUCCUCGGCAACCGUCACGUUGGUCCCCGGUCCCGAGGGAAAAUUGACGGUCCGCAAGUCCGCCACGGGAUACGGUAUCGACGGCAACGGGGCACCAUGGCUGAGACUCCAGUCGUUGUUUUUGAGCGCAAGCCGUGCCGUGAAGAAGACGGGCAUGUGGACGACAAAAAGUUCGAGCGAGGCGAUUAUUGGAAAGCUUUUCGACUACUCUGCCGACGGCGACUUCCACACGCUCACGAUCCAGCAGCAUCCCGGUCUGGAUACCACAAACGGCGCCGCCUUGACGCUCCUCCCAGCGCUCAUAUCCGACAAAGUGGUGAAGAAGUGGAUCGACCAGGUCGAGCACCAUGGCGCGCGAUCCUUUGAGCUGAGGGUGAGGGUUGGCGAGGCGGCACACUUCGUUGCGGAUUGCGCUUGCGCCUUGGGACGGGGCACACCAUGGAGGGUCGUCCCUCUGUUCCUUUUGGGACUCGAGAAGUUGAAUGAUGUUGUCACCCUCUUGGAUGGUAAAGCUCAGCUUUCUGUCGACAACGAGAGCGUUUCGUACGACUUGUCAAGACGGGGAUCAUCAUCCCGUUCGCAGUUCACCGGCAGGAAUAACGACAAACUUCUCUCUCCCGGGUCCUUUGGCAUCUCGCCUCUGCACCUGGCCGUGUUGCAGGCGAACCAACUCCCAUUCCCAAAGCCCGGCCGGUGGGUCGUCGAGAACGACUCAUUCUUCCUGCUCAGCCGCCCCCUGGCUCUGGGAGGCGACGACGUGUGCCUGCUGGCCACGAAGCGACCGACAUCGGGCUCGAGCUCGUCCUGGAGAGUAUGCGUCGACGGGUCUGUGAAGGAGGACGGACGGCUUUUCGCGAAGCAUUUCCGAGACAUUGAAGCGCACGAAAGGGGAAGCGAGUUGAUCCGGACAACAAGCGGGUUGUCCGUGCCGCACCAUCUGGCGAAACAGGUAGCCCGGAGAGAAGACGACUAUUCCGCGCGAACGAGCCCCUUGCUAGUCGACAUUGUGCUCCCGCGCGAGUAUCUCAAGCUGCUGGCCAACGUUCGCAGUGAUGCUCGUCUCAGCAGUCUGGCCUACGCCGGCGCCGCGGUGCAGUGGCUCCAGCGUAAUGCUGGUAAGUUCUAG